CGUUACACGUCCAAUGGGCAGAGCCCCUAACCAUGUGUGGAGCACGGAGGCAGAGUGUAGGCCCCUCUAUUGUCUUGAGCAGACAUAUCCAGUCGGCGUGGAACGGCGAGAAUGUAUCCUUGAACACUGAUAUUUGUCUAUCUCAGCUCUCGCUGAGUCUACAUGGUCUCAGUUUGUGCAUAUGUCUUCUGAAUUUAUCACAGUAUAUUUCUAUGGCUCUUAUAACUAAAUGUCUGUGAAAACUACCCCCAGUGUUGUGUUCAGGCAAUGGAGAGAUUAGAUGAACGGAUACAUAAUGACAAUGGCGGAGAUGUCCUGGAGAGGCAUAAACAGGAUGUAUGGAGGAGGAUGAGAUGGGCGGAUCAAUAGCCACCUCCCUUUCUUCCUGCCCACACCCUUCUGAAACACACAUGCAGUGUCAGACGCAGCUCUGGACUCGCUGAUAGAGGGACAUAGACACUGGCACGUGCAGCUUCUGGAACCAGCACACCUUGCUCUAAGCUCUCUUUCUCCACUUACAGCCAUCAUGUCUGACAAACCCAACAUGAGGGAAAUCUCCAGCUUUGAUAAGACUAAGCUGAAGAAGACAGAGACCAGAGUGAAGAACCCAUUGCCAACCAAAGAAACAAUCGAUGAAGAGAGGAAACGAGAGCAAUCGCAUUGACCAGAGAAGAGUUUCAGACAAGCUACUUUAAUUUCAUUAUCAAGCCCGUCUGCUGGGAACCUCCACUAUGACAAGACCUAGACUAUCACACUGGUGCUCAACAUGUCCAAUUCUAGAAGGGUAUUAAGGAUUGGCUGUUACAGUCAGAGGAGCAGGAGUUUUUCCAAACACUUAAUGGCUCAAUUUGUUUUGUAUGUCUUUCUGGCUACGUUUACACAGGCAGCCCAAAUUCAAAUCUUAUUUUCACCAAUCAGAUCAGCUCUGAAAAAAAUAUCUGUGUUGCUGCCAGUGUAAACACCACCUUAGUCAGAGUAAUAAAGAUGACAUUGAAAAAAAA